AAGCCAAUCCGUUUAAACCGAUUUUUUUUUCUUUUUCAUUGAAAGAACCCGGCCGGAAGCAAGCCGGAAGCAAUGAUGAACCAGAGCAGCAAAACAUAAAACGGGGAUAGGGAUCUUAGCAAGAACUCUUUGGAAACCUAAAUAACCCUUUUUUUUUUUUCAUAUAAUACGUAAUUGUUACAAUUUCAGUUAUUUCUAAAUCCAUCUCUCUACGGUAUUUCCUUUUCCUAAUUUCAGCAAGAUUAGGGUUUUUCUUUUCUUGUUAACUAAUUGUUCGGUGGAGUUUGGAGAUGAAAAAGUUAAAAUCUUUUUAAUGUGAAAAUUUAGGGUUUUUGUUUUUUCUGAUAUAAUUUUCUUUAUAAGGUUUGGGUAAACAAAUGGGAGUGAAGGUGGAGCAAUGAUGCCACUAUUCUGGAUUGUUAGUCGUCAGCUAGCUGAAAUCGCAGAACAAAUGGCUACCUCAAAGAAAGUGAUUACACGGGAAGAGUGGGAAAAGAGAUUGAAUGAUGUUAAAAUCAGAAAAGAAGACAUGAAUAAAUUGGUGAUGAAUUUUCUUGUUACUGAGGGUUAUGUUGAAGUUGCUGAAAAAUUCCGGAUGGAAUCUGGAACCCAGCAUAUUGAUCUUGCAACAAUCACGGAUCGCAUGGCUGUUAAAAAGGCUGUACAAUGUGGAAAUGUUGAGGACGCGAUUGAGAAAGUUAAUGAUUUAAAUCCCGAGAUAUUGGAUACAAACCCCCAAAUCUUUUUCCAUCUCCAACAGCAGAGACUGAUAGAAUUGAUUAGGAAUGGAAAAGUGGAAGAAGCCCUGGAGUUUGCCCAGGAGGAGCUUGCACCUAGGGGAGAAGAAAAUCAAAGCUUUUUAGAAGAGUUGGAGAGGACUGUUUCCCUCCUUGCUUUUGAAGAUGUUUCAAACUGCCCAGUAGGAGAGCUUCUGGACAUGUCACAGCGCCUUAAGACAGCAAGUGAGGUGAAUGCAGCCAUUCUUACCAGCCAGAGUCAUGAAAAAGACCCAAAGCUUCCAAGCUUGCUAAAGAUGCUGAUAUGGGCUCAGAAUCAACUGGAUGAAAAGGCUGCUUAUCCUCGCAUAAAUGACUUGUUAAACGCCACACUUGAAGAUCCUGCAGUAUGAAAGGUUUGCGAGUCAUUGUGGGGGAAUCAAGUUGUCUUGGAUUGACCAGAGAUAGAGCUGAACGGAAUGAAGUGUUAUGCUUGUAUCCUCUUCACAGGGACUGUAGCUAGGAAUUUGUUGGAUGUCAUUUGUUAAUAUGUGAUUGGUGUUUAUUUUCAUUUUAGAAGAAUUUAGUUGUCUUUGUGGUUGGUGAUUACUUUGUUUUUAGGUGAAGCCAGUGCCCUUGUAAAAUUGAUGAUCAUGCAUUCAUCCCUUCAAAAGGGGAUUCCAUUCGACAAUUUGAAGCAAAAAAUAGAAAAAGCUCGAAGCUUUGUUGUUAUUGCUA